UGGUGGGCAGAUUCUACUACGAACCAGCAACAGAACUCUAAAUACUGUAUAAUAUAACCUUCAACAAAACUAAUCAAAUAGUGUAACUUAUUACUUGAAUGUUAAGUUGUCAGUCAAAAACAAUUAAGACAACAGUGCUGCCUUUCAUUAUAAACAUAUGACAUUUCACAAUGUAACCUGUGACCGCCUGAGCCACAACAUAUUCAGUAGACAUCACCUGAAAGCUCAACUGAUCACCUGAGUUCUUGUUAUAUCUCUGUGAUUCAUGUUGCAGACAUGGAAAAAUGAGUUUGUCAGUUGGGACCCAGAAAAAUGUGGCUCUUCAUGGAUUUCACUUCCAAGGAAACUGCUCUGGGUACCAGAUGUGGUCAUCAAUGAAUUCAUGGAGAAGAACUCAGCUCCAUUUGUCCCAUACAACUAUUUGUCUUCCGAUGGCUUGGUUCUUGAUGCACAGCCUGUCAGAGUGGUCAGCUCCUGCAACCUCGACAUCUACUCGUUUCCAUUCGACAUCCAGAACUGCAGUUUAAGCUUCAACUCCUACUUACACCGUUUGGCUGCUGUACAGCUUGACCUCAGUGAAACCGCAGAGGAAAUAUUAGAAUACUCGAAAGAAGUGAUGGCAACUAUGGGUGAGUGGGAACUGGUUGGAAUCACAGCAAAGAAAUACCAAUUUCCAGCUGGGGAUGAAGAAAUAUACGAGGAGCUUCGCUUCCAUAUCUCACUGAGACGCCGGGCCACCCUGUACGUGGUGAACCUGCUGAUCCCCAGCUGCUUCCUCAUCAUGGUGGACCUGUUCAGCUUCCUGCUGCCUCCCAAGAGUGUCGACCGGUCCGCCUUCAAGAUGACCCUCAUCCUGGGCUACACCGUCUUCCUGCUCAUCAUGAAUGACCUGCUGCCUGUCACUGGAAACACCAUACCUCUCCUAAAUGUGUUCCUGUCUCUGUGCCUGGCUCUAAUGGUGGCCAGUCUACUGGAGACCAUCCUCAUUACCAACCUGCUGUGCGGCUCUGCUCACUACUCUCCAGUUCCUCGCUGGAUCAGAGUGUUUGUUCUUCAUAUCCUGGGCCCAAUCCUACGGCUCCCUCCAAAACCCAGAGAUCUACAAGACAACACAAUCAUCCAAAAUCCUGUGGCACAAGAAAUGAAAGUUUCCUCUCUGGUGGAAGAGGACAGAGGUGCCCCAGAGCAGAAAGGACCACUGAAUGAAGACACAGCCCUGCAGGAGCUGAGGGGCCUGGGCAGGGACCUCCAGGCUCUCCGCCUUCAGGUGGAGCAGCAGGCUGGUGGAAGCCAGAGUUCGGAGGAGUGGAUCCAUUUGGGUUUCAUCAUAGACCGCCUGCUGUUCGUCCUUUACAUCCUCUUCAUAUCAGUCAGCUUCAUUACCAUCAUCAUUAUCUGGGUGCAGUCAUUCGAAGCAAACUGAUUUUGCUUUUUUGUUGGUUUGGUCUUCACUAUUCACUGUAAUGUUUCAGUGUCUUUUUUUUAUUCUUGAAAUUGUCUUUUUUUAGUUAUAGUUUUACAGGAACUGAGGUUCUGAAACCAAUAUCUGAGAGAUCCUCAAAUUCCUGCAAAUUUUUUCUUGCAUUGUCAGUUAAGCAACAAAUAUUUGUUUAAAUGAACAACUGGACCUACAGCUGGACUCCCUACCCUGGAGGUGAACAGGAUAGCACCAUUCACCAUCAUCUUGCAACUUCUUGUAUUUGCAUUGUUUCCUGCAUCUACAAGCAAACCAAGUCAAGGGCCUCCUUUCCCCAAAGUAUCUCAAGGCUAAGAAGAUUGUAAAAUCCAUUUUGAUUUGCACAAUGUGCUUAAUAUAUUAAUCUCUUCUGGCUGAAGUGGCACUUUCCUGUUUUUGUGUUCUCAGGUUCCAUGUUUGAGCUUCUCUUUUUUGAUUUAUGGUACUGAUGUUGUUGCACACUCUUAGGUAGGUCCAAUACAAAAAUGACAUUCACAAAGUAUCACAUGCAAAUUCAUUAAAUUUUCAGACACAACAGAAAAUAUUUAUAUGUUAAUAUUUAUGUCAAGGUUCCUCCUUUGCAUUUAUUAUUCAUUUUCAUAUGUAAUAAAGUUAAAGUAUCUCUGCCAUUGUAGAAAAAUAUUCAUUUAGAGAACAAUAAAACAAGCUGCCAUGCUUUUAUGAAAAUGCUCUGUUAUUAUGAGUAUCUUGUAUCUGAUUAGCUUCAGAUAAAUGAGUGAAUAUGAGCAGAGUAACACUAAUUAGACUAAAACAUACACUGGAGAGAACUUCAUGCAUCAUCAGACCCUCAUACCUCGAAG